CAUAAAAAUACUACGACUCGCGGCUAUUCAUAAUUUUACCGGCAUCUUUAUUUCUACUUUCAUUCAUUGUUUCGUUGUUCGCCGACUGGUUGUAAAAAUGGCUUCCAACGGUGAUAUAGAGCCGGAAGAUAAUGAAUUAAAUGAGAGCAAUGGGGACAAAGUUGUAACAAUGAUGGAUGUACUGCAAGAACAAGAAGAUUUUGAAGAGGAUGCAAAUGCCGUUCUUGGUGCCUCUGAUGAUAAAAACUGCACAUAUCCUUUGGGCUACAUAAAGCGGCAGGCAAUAUAUGCUUGCUUGACCUGCUGCUCAGAAGCCAAGGAAGAUCCUACUAAGCGAGCUGGUGUCUGCCUGGCUUGCAGUUUAUCAUGCCAUGAAAACCAUGAGCUCAUUGAGUUGUACACAAAACGUAACUUCCGCUGUGACUGUGGCAAUCCAAAAUUCAACUCAAAUCCUUGCCAGUUCACAUCUGAAAAAACUGAUCUCAAUGAAGAAAAUAGUUACAAUCAAAACUUUUCAGGCCUGUACUGUGUCUGUCAUAGGCCUUAUCCAGACCCAGAGGCGACAGAAGAAGAUGAAAUGAUACAAUGCAUUAUUUGUGAAGAUUGGCUGCAUGCAGCGCACCUUGAAGCCACUGUCCCCACUGCGCAGUAUGCAGAAAUGAUUUGUAAAGAAUGUAUGGGCAGAAAUGAAUUCUUACAUGAUUACACUGGCCUUGCUCUCAAUACAGAAAAUGAUUUUAUAGAUGUUAUGAAUACUAGUGAUGAUAAGAUUGAGCUAUGUAAUGGCACAGCAAAUAAUGAAACAAUUGAUACAACUGUAAGUGAAGUAGACAAAACCAAUAUUGAUGCUGAAGCGUCAGAAAUUAAUGAAAGUAAAAUAGAUGUAGAUCCUCCCAAAGAAAGUGAUAGUGAAGUGAAUGAGGGUACAGAGAAUAAUGUUAAAAUGCCACAAAUAGAAUCUGAAGUGCCAAUGGAUACUAAUAAUGAGGAACCAAGUACUGAAAACAUUUCAAUUGAAGCCAAAGAUGAUGAGAAAGUUGAUACUGAAAAGAAGGAUAAUGUGCCUACAGAAUCUCCUAAGGUAGAAAACAGUACUGAUAAUACAGAAAAUAAAAACAGCAGUGUAGAAAAUAUUGAUAGCCAUAUAAAUGCUUUGAAAGAAAUUGUAGACUCAUCAGAAGAUAGUGUUGCUAAUAAGAGUAUUGACAAAGAAAAUGAAAGUAAGGAUUGUAAUUCAAAUCCAACAGAUAGUAGUAAAGCAAAAAUGGAUGAAAAUGAUCAAUCCAAAGAUACCAUUCCAGAAGCAGAAACAGUCAAAAAUGAAGAAUCAAAGCUUGAUGAAAAUCCAAUUACAGACAACAAGGUAGAAGAAAUUACAGAAUCAAAUGAUAGUGAAGAUAUCUCUAAAACCAAUAUUCCAGAAACAGAAAAUGUGAGCACAAUAUCAGAGAUACCUGACAAACCUACACCUAGUGAAAAUGAGAAUGAUGAAAAAUUGGAUUCCAAAAUUGAGGAAGAAAAUAAAAAACCAAUUGAUGAUGAUAGUACUGCAUCAUCAAAAGACAAUAUUAAAGACGAUGAAAAUACAGAAACACCCAUUAAUGAUGCUACAAAUCAAGAUACAACUACAUUAGAAAGUAAUCAAGCGAAGUUAGAAGAAGAAAAGAAAGAAAGUUCAGCCACAGCAGAAGAAUUAGAAAAAAUGGAAGAAGAUAGGCUUCUUGCUGAUCCAGAUGAAAAAGUUCAAGAGGAGAAAACUGAUGAAAGUAAAGCUUCUGAGGAUAGUGUUAAUACGGAAGGCUCUAUGGAAAAAGAAAAGAACGAGGAAUCACUAGCAGAAAAUAUUGACAAACCACUAGAAGAUAACAAACAAGAAGAAGAUAAAACAAAAGAGACAGUAACACCUGCUGAAAGUGCUCCAAUGGAUACCACAGCAGAUGAUACGAAAUUAUCUAUAUCUGCAGAAACUGAAGGUCAAACAAGUGAAAAUGAGAAAAAUGGUACAACAGAAGAUGAUAAAACAAAGACUGAAAUAAAUAGUAUUGAAUGUGAAUCAAAUAAAGAAGAUGAAAAAUUAUCAACAGAAGUUAACAGUAUUAAUGAAACUAAUCCAGAGAACACUGUUACUAAUGAUACGAGUAUGAAAGAAGAAAAUGAUGAAAAAGAAAAUUCCACAGAUACAGUUCCUGUUGAAACUUCAAGUGAAAAACCUGAUAUUAAAAGAAAGCUGUCUACUGAAGAAACAGAAGAUGCUGAAACUAAAAAACGAAAAGUAGACGCCAUUCAAUGUAAUAGACCAAAUGUAAGCAGAAGAUAUGAGGGUGCUACAUUCUGGCCAUCACAAUUUAGACAAAAACUAUGCACUUGUAAUGAGUGUCUGUCUAUGUACAAAGACUUAUCAGUAUUGUUUUUAAUUGAUCCUGAAGAUACUGUAACAGCUUAUGAGAAUUUAGGUAAAGAAAAAACUAACGGGAAACCGGCGUCACAAUACGAAAAGGGUCUGCAAGCAUUGUCUUCUUUGGACAGGAUCCAACAAAUUAAUGUUUUGACCGAGUACAAUAUAAUGCGGGAUAAAUUCCUAGAUUUCCUAAAAAGCUUUAAGGAAAGGAGGAAAAUAGUAACAGAGGAAGAUGUCAAGGCAUUCUUUGCAGGAAUGAAGCCCAAAAGGCGGCCUGAUGGCGUUUAUUUUUGCAGAUAAGCUUUUAAUCAUUUUACAUUUUGAUAAUAAUGUCAUUAGAUAUAGCAUGCAACAGUUAUUGGCAUUAUAAUUUUAAAUAUUUCAUUUUAAAUAUAAUGUUUUUUCUGA